AUGAAACUUUUAAUAUUUGGCCUAUGCUUGGCUACAGCAUUGGCAGCUCCUCAAGGCAAAAUGAUGAUCAAUAGUGGAGCAAUCUGUGAGGGUAAAGCUUCGGCGUUUUUCGUCGUCGACAACACUCAAAUGACUGCCGGAGAUAAUGUUGUCUAUAAAGAUUUCAGUGAAGAGGAAUGCAUGAGCACUUGCUCAAACAAUCGGGAUCCAUUCGGUCGUUCAAUUCUUUGCUCUUCCUUUGUCUAUGAUCAUGUUGUUUUCACUUGUACAAUUUACAAAGAUAAAAGCAAACCAAUGGGAAAUGGAGAGAAAACGGCAGCGGCUGGGAAGAGAUAUUUCGAGAAAUUUUGCUUGACUGAUGACAUUCCAAUGGAUUGCCAAGAAGCUCAAUUCACCCGUGCUGACGACUCGGUUCUUGUCGGUUUUGCCACAAAUGUCACAUUGAGUGAAUCUCUGGAAGAGUGUGUGGCUUUGUGUGUGAGGAAUGUGCAAUGCAUGUCAGCCAUGUACUUUUAUGAAGAAGGUGAAUGCAUCACAAAUACCGAAUCGGCAAUGAGCCGUCCAGCCUCUUUUACAAAAGAGGACACUGAAAAGGUGAUCUACUUCAGCAAUGGAUGCGCGAUGAAAAAGUCGACAAAUGUGAAGACUUUCAAGAAUCCCAUUGAGACUCAACCGGAAGAACCCAAGCCGACGACGAAAAAGGAAAGCCACGAGAUGAAGGGAGACGAGUACGAUGAUGAAACAACGACUAUUGUUGAGUCAGAAGAUCAAGAUGAUCAAGAUGCGCUAUUGGAUGAUGGAGAGAGAUCUUAUGAGAUGGAAACUGAAGAAGAAACAACAACGAAAGCAAGCAAGAAACAUUCAAACGAGAAUACGAAGACGUUAAAGUUCAAGAAGCCGGCUCGAGAAUUUGCGAGUAAAACGGUGACUGCUUACAAAGAGGACAGAAAGAAGAAACAAAAGGAAAUGGAACGUCAAAAGGAAUCAGCUAAGAAUGUGAUCGAUCAAGACGAAGAUGAUGAUGUAAUGGGGGAUAAUGGAGGAGAAGAUGAUGAAGAAGAGCCAGUCAAUGUUAUUCCAUCCAUUCAAGCUACAGAGGAUGAAUCAACGCGACAUCCAUUCAUCAAAUCUACCGAGGUUCCGGCUGAUCCAUCAUCUCUCUUUUCCGAGUGGUCUGAUUGGACUCCAUGCACAAAAUCUGGAGAGAGACGAGUGAGAAGAAGAAAAUGUUUGGAUUUAAGAAGAUGCUUGGGUGCUUUGAUGCAAGUUGAGAACUGUCCUGCAGUCACCACUCCCGUCAUGAGUCCAGAAGAUUACGAUCAACCACCACUUGAGUCCGUGAGAUCAAUUGUCGCCGAGCCGAGUGACAGAGACGAUUUUCAAGAUCAAGGAGCUCAACCAGUCCCCCUUCCUCCAGCCGAUGAUCAGCCAUCAGUAUGGAGUCCGUGGCUAGGAGUUUGCCAGCAAUUCGCUUCCGGCCAACCAUGCAACAACGGUGAAAUGAUCGGAUUCGAGUCCCGGGAAUGUCUCGCAAAAGAUUCAGCUCAAUGCACCGGGCCAUUCUUCAGAUAUUGUACUCUCAAUUGU